GCUGAUGGUCUUCCAAUAUGGCGGCCAUGUGUAUGCAUUUUGUUUGAAGUUGGAGAGUUUGAAGGCUUAAAAAAUAACUAAAAACACCACGAAAUUGUGUUUACUUUACACGAAAUAAGAUAUGCAAAGGCCAGGAGUCCCUCCACAAGUGACCCAACAGGGUAUUCCACCCAAUCUAGGACGAGGUGCACCUCCCAGACCAGCAUCCCUGAUAGGUCAACCUCCUGGUAACUUCAAUGCACCAUUUGAUCCAAGAGCAAUGAUGAUGGGAAAUAUUAGGAACCCUGCUAUGCCAGGAAUCCAGGUACCUCAUCCCUCACUAUUAGCCAGUCAGACAGGUGUUCAGCAGCAGCCUCCCAUGGUGGACAGUAAUGGAGAUAUGUGGCUGGAAAAUAAGACACCUGAGGGAAAGUUGUAUUAUUACAAUGCAAGAACCAGGGAAUCUUCAUGGGAAAAACCAUCAAACUUGGUCAGUCCGCCAUCAAACCAGGCACAGCAAAACCAACCUGAAAAUCAAGCAACCCUUGAAAGUAAAAAUGUACAGCCAACAGACCAACAACAACAUGCAAUUCUUUCAGAGCAAAAACUUCCUGGACAUGACCAGCAACCAGGUCAACAGUUUCAACCACAUCAACAGAUACCACCGCAACAAGGUCAACCUCCUCAGCAAGGUCAACCCCAACAACAAAUGGGACAACAGCCUACUCAACAAGGUCCUCAACACUUGGGCCAACCUCCACAACAGUUAGUUCAGCCUCCCCAACAGUUAGGUCAACCUCCACAACAGUUAGUUCAGCCUCCCCAACAGUUAGGUCAACCUGCCCAACAGCUAGGCCAACCUCCGCAACAGUUAGGGCAGCCUCCACAACAGCUAGGCCAACCUCAACAGCAACAACAACUAGGACAACUCCCACAGCAACAACAGAUACCUCCACAACAGCAGCAACUACAGCCUCCUCAGCAAGUAGGACAACCACCUCAACAAUUAGGUCAACAGUUAGGUCAACCACCACAUCAACUUGGGCAGCCCCCACCACAGUUAGGUCAACCUCUGCAGCAACAAGGGCAGCAAGGACCACCUCAGCUAGGCCAACCAACUGUUCAGAUUUCYCCACAACAUGGCCAACCCCCUCCACAACAGUUGCAACAGGCACCCCCAGGACACCAAGCAAUAAUUGCACAGCCAGGACAACAACAAUCAGGGCAACAUCAAACUGCUGGCCACCAUGAGAUGCCACCACAACAAGGACAACAACAGCAACAACCUGGCCAACAGUUUACACCAGUACAACAACAGCACCAACAACUUGGACAACAACAACAGUCUGGACAGAUGCAACAACCUGGACAUCAACAGCAACAGCCAGGACAGCAACCAAUGCAACAACAGCCUGGUCAACAGCAGCCUAGUCAACACCAACAGUUUUCUUCUUUGCAACAACAGCCACAYCAGCAUCAGGCAGCUCCACCUUUUCAAUCAAUGCAACAGCAACAACAACAACAGCCUGGGCCUAAUGUACACCCACAACAGCAGCAACCUGGACAGCAACAUCAACAACCAGGUCAAUUGCUUCCUCAACCUGGACAACAAGCGCCACCUGGUCCUCAAACUAACCGACAAAAUCCAAUGCAGCAACCACCCCAAAUGCAUCAUGGUCAGCCACGCCCUGGUCAUCAGGAUCAAAGACCUGGACAACCGUUCCAGCAAAAGCAAAUACCAAGUUUAUUAACACAGAAUAUUAGACCUUUACUGUCACAGUUACAGCAACGACCCAAUCUUCUCCAGCAAGCAGGACAAGCUUUGCAGAGUUUACGAAUGAUGAGUCAAGGAUUGAGGCCACCAAACAUGCCUCCCCCUAACAUGAACAUACCUCCCCCUGGACUGCUGCAGGGCAUGCCUCCUAGAAUGCAAAUUCCUGGUAUACCACCAAGUAUCCUUGGUAUGCCUCCRCGAGAAUGGUCAGAACAUAGAACAGCAGARGGUAAAGUUUAUUACUAUAACUCAAGAACCAUGCAGUCUGUAUGGGACAGACCAAAGGAAAUGGACCAACCUCCACCGCCAUUACAAGGUAUGCCWCCAUUGAACAUGCCAGCAGGGCUUCUUGGCCCAAAAGGACAGUCUACCCCUACAAAUCUUGGGAACAAUGAUACCAAAGCCAGCCAGGAAAACAGUUUGAAAUCAUCUGAAGAGGGUGAAAUCAAUGCAGAAAACAAAGAAGAAGACAARCCAGAAAAACCAAUUGCAAGUCAACUAGUUCCAGGAACCAGCUGGUGUGUAGUGUGGACAGGGACUGGGAAAGAGUUUUUCUUCAGGGGAAAACCAGACGACUAACUACUGAUGAAGACAAGAAUGAUGAUGAGCCUGAACUCAAACGAGCAAGAACUGACAGUACAGAAGAAGAACCAAUGGCWGUAGACACUAUUCCUAUAGUUGUAGAAGAAAAGCCAGCUGCAAAGGAYCCACCAGCAAAACCCAAACAAGCCCCAGUGCAGGACAAAGCACAGGCAGCCCAACAACGACAGAUGCUACCAUUAGAAGAACGAAUGAAACAGUUCCGUGAAAUGAUGCUGGAGCGAGGAGUCUCUGCUUUUUCAACAUGGGAAAAAGAGCUUCCAAAAAUUGUCUUUGAUCCAAGGUUUUUGCUUUUGACGCAACGWGAAAGAAAGCAGUGUUUUGAAAAGUUUGUUAGAACAAGAGCUGAGGAAGAAAGGCAGGAAAGGAAAAAUAAGCUUAAGGAGAAUAAAGAGWCCUUUAAAGAGCUCCUUAAGAAUGCCAAAGUGACAACAAAGACAACCUUUAGUGAGUUUGCAGCAAAGAAUGGCAAGAACGAGGCAUUCAAGACCAUAGAGAAGAUGAAAGACAGAGAAGCACUGUUCAGUGAAUACAUAYCAGAACUCAAGAAGAAAGACAAAGAGUCCACUAAAACAAGGCAUGAUAAGCUUUACAGUGACUUCAUUGAGCUUCUUGAGGAACAUCAUGUAGAAGUUAAAUCCAAYUGGCACAGAACCAAGGCUAAGAUAGAUGAAGAUCCAAGAUACAAAGCUAUUGAAAGUGUCAACACCAAAGAGGAAUACUUUAGAGAAUAUGUGGCACAGUUAGAAAAGAAAGAGAAUGCUGAGAAAGAAAAAGAAAGAGAAAAGCAAGAAAGAAUGGAAGCUAGCAUACAGAAGCGUGAACGAGAAGUUAGAGCUUCCCAAGCUGAGCUUGCUAAAGCUAGAGAGAAAGAAAAAGAAAUCCACCUCAAAGAAAAAGCUAUACAGCARUUCCAUGCUUUGCUAACUGACAUGGUUCGUAAACCUGAUGCAUCCUGGAAAGAAACCAAGCGUGCACUUAGAAAAGACCACAGYUGGUCAAUGGCAGAUCCACUMGACAAAAAAGAAAAAGAAAAACUAUUUACUGAUCACAUAGCUAAGUUAAAUAACAGAAAAAAAGAACAGUUUAGAAAACUAUUGGAUGAAACAACUGAGUUAACUUUAGGAUCAUCYUACAAAAGUAUUAAAAAGAUAGUAAGGGAUGAUCCAAGAUUUUCCAAAUUCUCCUCAAGUGAUAGGAAACGAGAAGCUGAGUUCACAGAGUAUAUUAAUGAUAAACUGUCAAGUGCCAAGGUGGACUUCAGACAGUUACUUAAAGAAACACAUUUGAUUACCCACAGGUCAAGAGAACAAAUAAGAGAAUCCAAGAAACAUCUAACAGAUAUAAUCACUGUCUUAAAGAAUGACAGAAGAUACCUUGUCCUAGACUGCAUGGAUGACGAAAGAGAUAGAUUACUAAUGAACUACAUUGAAGAGAUUUAUCGACGUGGUCCACCUCCUCCACCUACAGCGACGUUACCAUCYAAUUGGAGCAAAUCCCACUAAUUGCUGACAUAAUUGUUAUCAUUCAUGUAUAGUAAACUUGUUCAGAAAAUAUUUUCAUCAUUCAAAGUUGCAAACUUGCCUUAGAAACAAACAGUAUAAAAUCUUAGUAGACUUUUAAAAUGUUUUAGAGAUUCUACUCAUUUUAGAUUUAGUAUUUCUUGAAAGUGAGCAAUAGGACAGAAACAAGUUGUUUGCAUCCUGUAGUUGAAGCUUUGUCUGGGGAAAUUMUGAUCUCCAGAUAGAACUGGAUAAGUAGYCUUUCACAAAGUCCCUUUGUGCCUCUGACAUGCACUCUGCGCUCUCAAAAAAGUCUUACUUGUUGCAAGUCAAAUCAUUAAGCAAUUAUUCUCUAUGUUUAAUGAGAACUUUCAUCAGACAGUCAUUGUAAUUUGCAUGUAACUUAGCKCAAUUUUUGUUGUUGUUUGGAGCAUGCAUCAAGAUAUUCUCCUUCGACACAAAAAACAGGAUUUUGGAGACUAGCAUCCAGACACUACUUUUUAAAAUAAGAUGCAUCACAUCAUGAAUGUUGAAUAGUAAUUCUUCCCAUCUGUAAAAAUAAGACUCUCAGGAAAGUUUGAAUAAACUUUUUAAUGCUUCUUUUCCUGUUAAUAA